AUGAGUCUCGCCGGCGAGGGACAGCUGCUGGUGGGCCUCUCCGGCGAGGGAGAGCCGCUGAUGGGCCUCGCCGGCGAGGGCGGCCGCAAGACGCCGCUCUCGCUCGAGGAGGAGUGGCACCUCCGCCUCAUCGUCUUCGUCAGCGCGACGCUAUCGCUCGCGGGCACCAGCCUCGUGCUGGUUUCGAUGUACCGCUUCCGCGAGCUCUCCAAGCGCUUCUUCGCGAUGCGGCUGAUCGGCUACCUCGCCGUCGCUGACGGCUUUGCCUCCAUCUUCAACAUGUGCGGGGUGCUCGUCGACACCGCCUACCCGGCCGCCGACGGCGCGCCCGGCGACAGUCCCUCGCCACUCUGCGAGGUGCAGGCCGUCGGGCUGCUCUACUUCAACCUCGCGUCCAUCUUUUGGACCUCUUGCUUCGCGCGCACGCUCUACCGCGACCUCACUUUCCACGCGCUCUGCUGGCCGUUGCCCGCGCUGCUCGCCGGCGGCACGUACGCCCUGGGGUACGUCGGCGACGCCGGCUCGUACUGCGCCGUCGGGCCCGACUUUACGCCGCAGUACCUCCUCGCCUUUUACCUCCCGCUGGUUGGUGCGUUCGCCUUCAACACGGCGACGUAUGCGCUCGUCUGCCGCUCUGCCACCGAGGCCCGCGUCUCUCGCUCGACGUCGCUCUACCUGCUCGUCUUCGCCGUCGUCUGGCUCCCCUCCCUGCUGGGCGCACUCAACGCCUUUGUGUACGGCUGGACCUGGUCCGACAGGUACCGCACCAUGCUGCUCGGCACAGACUCGCUCGACGCCGCCGCUGUCCUCGCCGCAGCGUCGCACUACCGGCUCGGCUCGCCGCCGACGUCCGAGUACUCCCCCGCCGAGGAUGCCCUCCUCGGCCUGACGCCGCGCGACUUCGAGUACUUGCCGCCCGAGCCGUCGCCGCUGUCCGGACGCUACUCGGACAGGCCCUACUCGCCAGGCAGGUCGGAGCUUUCCCCCUACCCGGCGAGCUUGCCAGAGCGCCUCGGGGGCCCUCGGUUCACCACCUGA